CCCUAUCCUGAAUGACUCACCUCCCAAUCGUUUCAAAGAAUGCGGAUUGCGACUGAUAGAGUCGAUGAAUACAGCGGGGGGACAGAGCGCUUCACCGGCUGCUUCACCGGCUGCGGACACCUUGUAAGCUGUGGUGCUGGUAAGAGCUUUCGAAUCGGAGUGGGAGCCCCCGAUCGGCUUCGUCUGCUUUCUCCCUGCUGCAGCUGGUUGAGAUCUUGGCUUUGCUACUGUAUGUGGAGACUGUUCGACCUACAGAAUUGGCGUGGGAGGACCCCAGCGACGUGUUUCACGCACGAGAUUCACGGUGGCAGGCAUCUGCGCACUUAAACGUGUUCUACAGCCUGCUCAGAGAAAUCCUUCCAGACCAAUAUGAUACCGACAUCACUCGAAAUGGCACGCUCUGAUGCAAUGUCUUUUCGGAGGUUGGAUAUUGGCGAAUACCACGGUAUCAGCUCGACUUGAAGCGCCCCGUGCGCGGGCAACACGCUGGUCAAUUUCCGCUCACUCUCCUCGCACCCACCAUGCUGUCACUUGUGUACAUCGCCACCACUGCCGCGACAGGGAUUAUACUCGCGUUCAUGUUCGAUUCAUGGCGUAGGAAAGCGAACUAUCUCCCUCCCGGGCCACUAGGUCUGCCAUUCUUAGGCAAUCUGCUACAAAUACCCACUAAGAAGCAAUACGUUGCCUUCCGGAACUUCGGUAACAUCUACGGCGACAUCACAACACUUCGCGUGCCAGGACUCACCUUCAUGAUCCUUAAUUCCCGCAAGGCUAUAUUCGACCUCCUUGAUGCCAGAUCGUCUAUCUAUUCUGACCGGCCUCACGCAGUUAUGUGUCCGGAUUUGGUCGGCUGGGAUGGUGCAAUUGUUUUGUCGAACAACACCCCUCGCUUCCGCAACUGCAGGAAGCUCUUGCGCAAAGGUCUCGGCACAAGCGCUGUGCAAAGCUUCGUUCCUUUUAUCAACCGCCAAAGCGCGUUCUACCUGCGAGAUCUGCUCGAAAGACCCGACGCAUUCACUGACAUCUUCAGGCGGAACGUGGCAGCUAUCUCGAUGAAGAUUGCAUACGGCUAUGAUGGCAUUGCGGAGGACGAAGAGAUGCAUGAUCUCGCACACAAGGGCAAUUGUUACUUUGGGGAGACAGCAAUAGUUGGAGUGUGGCUUGUGGAUAUGCUUCCCAUUCUGAGAUAUGUGCCCCAGUGGUUUCCUCUCGCAUACUUCCAGCGAUAUGCAGCACACGCGAAACCUGUCGUUCUUAAGUGCAUCAACAAACCCUUUGAGGAGACUAAACGGCAUAUGAAAGCAGGAACAGCCGGCGCAUCGUUUACUUCGAUGCUACUGCAACACGUACAAGGAGAUCCAGAGGCGGAAGAUUGCAUCAAGUACUCCGGCGCGGGCAUAUCUCUGGGUGCAUUGGAUACGAUAACAGCUAUAAUGUCGUGGUUCUUCAUGGCAAUGGCUCUGCAUCCACAAGUUCAAGCUAAGGCACAAGCUGAGAUCAACAAAGCUGUCGGCAACGAGCGACUCCCGCAGAUCGAGGACAAGGAUUCCCUGCCAUAUGUCUUUGCCGUGAUGAAAGAAGUGUUCAGGUGGCAACCACCUGCUAAAUUAGUGCCACAUGCUGUGAGCAAGGACGACGAGUAUCGAGGCUACUUCAUUCCAGCCAAGACGACGCUCAUCGCCAAUGUUUGGGCUAUCACGCACGAUGAGAACGUCUAUCAUGACGCCGACAAGUUCAUUCCGGAGCGGUUCUCGGAAGAGGGAGCACCCGACUGUAUGAACGACGUCUUUGGCUUUGGUCGACGCGGCUGUCCGGGGAUACUCGUCGCGCAAGCGCAUGUGUUCGUGUCGAUGGCAGCAACCCUGGCAACGUUUAACAUCACGAAAGCGCGCGAUGCAAGGGGAAAAAUCAUAGAGCCCAAGGUGGAAGACACCCCCGGAGCUAUCAGCUCCCCUCUGCCGUUCAAGGUUUCUCUGCAACCUCGUUCCGAAGCGGCUGUAAACUUGAUCGAGCGUUCCGUUGAGCACUCGAAGACACUGUCGGAAAGGCUAGAGGCCUUCAGUCUGGACGCAUAGGCUCACUUGGCUCGCACCGGCUACUCAUGUUUCGCGUCUGCGUCCUGCUUUAACCAUGUUUCUUCGGCUCAACUCGAAGGACGCGCGUUUCACACUGUAAACAAGGAUGAGUUGGGUCUAUGCCGAAUCAGGAUGCGUAGUCGUCACGCUCUUUGAGUGGCUUUCAAACUGGUGUAGACCGGUCCCUGAGCUUA